UGAAGGGUUUGGGAUGUGUUUUGUUUAUGGAUGUGUCUAUUUUUGUAUUUCGUUUUCAACCUUUUCCCCGCAAUGGAUUUUUUCUCUCGUUCACUAUCCUUUCUAGUUGGUGGCGGUAAUGCACCAACAACAUUGAAUGCCAACCGCCCUUAAACCCCGUCGAAGAAGAAAAAGCGAGUUUGACAAAUCCCGGAACUAUCCGCGGAGUGUGAAAGUAGGAUAUUUCUCUAUAAUUUACAGUUUUGUCCAACUUUUUUUAUCAUAGUGCAUAAAUAGGCAUAACAUAUUUACAUCGAAUGUUAAACGGUAUGCGGGCUUCAUUUUGUGUACUUUAGAAAUUGACAACAUUGUCGUUAAAUGUGUUGAAGUUAACGUUACAGUCGUGGAUUUCUGACUAACGUAACGUUUCACUUCCAGAUUCAGUUCUGUAUUUCGAUUCAACGCCGCUUAAUCUUAUUAGUCUACUGCUCAUUUCGUUCUGAAAUCAACUAUUGAUACUUUUACAUAAUGAGAUAUUGCGCUUUAUUAUUAACAAUGUAUGCGCUGGUAUAAUCUCAAUGCUAGAGGGACAUACCGAGGUCGGACCAGGUAGACAGCCACCAUGGCUGCAGUGCAGGACAUCUACAUGAAAUCCUCUGACCUUAUCAAAAAGGAGCCUCUGGACUACGGCGGCUUCGGUACCGUGUACCUGUGCUAUCACAAAACCCUCGGUCAGGUGGUUCUGAAGAGCGUCUACACCGGGCCACCGCGCAAUGAGGGCAAUAAGCAGUCCCUGCUAGAAGAGGGCAGCCUGAUGACCAGACUGAACCAUGAGCGGGUGGUCAGGCUGCUGGGGGUGAUCCUGGAGGAUGGGGACUACUCUCUGGUCAUGGAGCUCCUCCCUAAAGGCAACCUGCUGGCCAUGCUGGACCAGGUUUCUGUGCCGAUAUCUAUCAAGGGCAGGAUCAUAUUGGAGAUUCUGGAGGGGAUGGUGUACCUGAUGAAGAACCGUGUCAUACACAAGGAUCUCAAACCAGAAAACAUACUGGUGGACAACGAUUUUCAUAUUAAGAUUGCAGACCUGGGCCUGGCCACCUGUCAGACGUGGAGCAGACUGACUAAGGAGGAGUCUCGCAGGCAGAGCCGGCUAGGACGUAUGGGGGCUGGAGGAGGGGGGGCCAGGGCAGCUGGUACUCUGUGUUACAUGGCUCCUGAGCACCUUGACAGCAUCCAUACACUCUCCUCUGAGAAGUCUGACAUCUAUAGCUUCGCUAUUGUCAUCUGGGUCAUCCUCACUGCCAGGGAGCCCUUUGAAAAUGCUCGGAGUGAGGACCAUAUCUGCCAGUGUGUCCGUAAAGGCGAUCGUCCGAAUGAAUACCUCAUCCCUGGUGAUACUCCUGUAGAGAUCAUAGAGCUAAUGAAGAGUUGCUGGCAUCAGGAUCCACAAUGGCGGCCAACAUUCAGAGAGGGCUACAACUUCUUCCUGCCCGUCUACAGGGAGAAGUUGGAGCCAGAUGUAGAAAGGGACUCACUUGGUCUCAGAGACUUGUAUGAGGGGCCUGAGGAGCUGGUGGAGAAGAUGAAAUCUUUAUCGAUGCCUCCUGAGAGCCUUACAGCAGACCGGCCAGCUCCCUUGCUGAGCUCAGACAGUGCUGGGGCUGUCCGUAUAGAAGCUGGUCCAGUGGAGGCCAGCAUUGAGGACCUGAACCUCUUCCUUCCAUGUGGGCCCUCCCUAAUCCAGCCAGAUGCCCGGGCCCUCGGCCCCAUCAGCACCCCCUCAGGUAUGGAGCUCAAACUGGUCAGCAGUUCAAGGUCAAACCUGGAGGUCAAAUUAGCCCAGGAGUACGAGUACCACAAAUUCGGCAGCUACUGCCGAAUGGACCAGCCGGACUUCAGCCCCUACCCUCACCCUGCCACCCCACAACGCCUCUCCUCACAGGACCUCACUUCCACCAGAGGCCUCCCAGACCUCAGGCCCCCUCAGCCCCCAGUGUCCUCUGUCCAGUCUUGGACCAAAACUCAGGCCGUCCAGCCCAGCAGCGUGGAGGUGGACCCCCUCCAUCUCUCUGACCUGUACGAGGCUACGGCCCCCUCCGGUACCACCACACCAAGACACCAGCUGUCAAGCCACAUCCCUGAGUCCACCAGCAGCCCAUCUCUGAGCCAGGGCAAGUACUCCCCCCAGCAGCAAUAUCCCUACGCCCAGUAUGACCGCCACCAGUCCUGGCCAGCCUACCCAGUGCCAGAGUCAGCUGCCCCAGACCUCACUGCAGGGCUGCGCCUGAACUCAGGUGCCAAGGUUGGACUUUCACAAGACCCAGGCCUAUUUAUCCAGAACGCCAGUGGGAUCCAGAUAGGCAGCAACAACACACUCAGCAUCAGGGGUCAUGAGUCAUACAGCAGCUCAGCCAGCUCUCUCUCCAACGGGCCCAACUCACUCUCUCUGCUCAAAGAAAACCUGCAGAUGUACGAGGACCAGGCAGUGACGGAGGAGCACCUGGAUCUCCUGAGAGAUAACAUCGGGAAGGACUGGAAGCGCUGCGCCCGUCGUCUGGGCCUGAGCGAGGUGGAGGUGGAGACCAUCGACCAUGACUACCAACGUGACGGGCUGCCUGAAAAGGUGCACCAGAUGCUGGAGCGCUGGAGGAUGAAGGAGGGCUGUGUGGGCUGCACCGUGGGCCGGCUCUGCAGAGCCCUGGAGAACUGUGUUAAAGUCGACCUGUUGAAGAGGCUUCUGCACUCCAGCGGGACCAACAGUUCUCUGUAGGUACAGUAGCCUGUAUCAACUGUAUUCAAUUCCCCAUACCACUAUACCCGAGGGGUUACUAUUGACUCCAGCCCCCCACCCUCACCCUUACAUUCCUACCAACCAGUCUAACGUGUAAUGAUUGUCAGUUGAGUUGUUAGUAUUGACUUACUGUAAGGUAGUCUGGCUGUAAUUUUCUUGCCAUAUGAUAUGGAUAUGAGUGUAGCAGCCCAAAUACACCAUUCCAAUCUUUGGGAAAUCUGCAGUUGCUUCAUCCAUUUUUGGACUUAAGUUAACAAUAUAUACCCAUUUGAUUAUUGAAGGAAGAACUUAUAAAUGCCUCAUGAGUUUACUUCAACUCUUGUGCCACAUCAGAGCCCUAUACUACAAAUCAGGUUUGAGGAUUUGGCGAGGCAAACUUGGUCAAAUCCUCGGAUAGCCUAGUGGUUAGAGCGUUGGUCUAGUAACCGGAAGGUUGCAAGUUCAAACCCCUGAGCUGACAAGGUACAAAUCUGUUGUUCUGCCCCUGAACAGGCAGUUCAGGGGCAGUCAUAAUCAAAAUAAAAAACAGAACUGGACUUGCCUAGAUAAAUAAAGGUAAAAUAAAUCAAAUAAAAAAUGAUAGCAUUCGCUUUGCAAACUUGUGAUUGUAUUUUCACAUUUGCAACAGCCGCAACCAUAGACAUACAGUGCAUUCGGAAAGUAUUCAGAACCCUUGACUUUGUCCACAUUUUGUUACGUAGGUUAGUGCGUUGGACUAGUAACCGGAAGGUUGCAAGUUCAAACCCCCGAGCUGACAAGGUACAAAUCUGUCGUUCUGCCCCUGAACAGGCAGUUAACCCACUGUUCUAAAAUAGAAAUAUAUCCUCACCAAUCUACACAUCACAUUUACAUUAGUAUUCAGACCCUUUACUGAGUAUUUUCUUGAAUCACCUACACCAGUGAUUACAGCCUUGAGUCUUGUCGGGUAUGACACUACAAGCUUGGCACACCUCUAUUUGAGGAAUUUCUCCCAUUCUUCUCUGCAGAUCCUCUCAAGCUCUGUCAGGUUGGAUGGGUAGUGUCCCUGCACAGCUAUUUUCAGGUCUCUCCUGAAGAUGUUUGAUCGGGUUCAAGUCCGGGAUCAGGCUUGGCCACUCAAGGACAUUCAGAGACUUGUCCCGAAGCCACUCCUGCAUUGUCUUGGCUUUGUGCUUGGGGUCGUUGUCCUGUUGGAAGGUGAACCUUCGCCCCAGUCUGAGGUCCUGAGCGCUCUGGAGCAGGUUUUCAUCAAGGAUCUCUUUGCUCCGUUCAUCUUUCACACAAAGCUUACUAGUCUCCCAGUCCCUGCCACUGAAAAACAUCCCCACAGCAUGAUGCUGCCACCACCAUACUUCACAGUAAGGAUGGUGCCAAGUUUCCUCCAGAUGUGACACUUGGCAUUCAGGCCAAAUAGUUCAAUAUUGGUUACAUCAGACUAGAGAAUCUUGUUUCUCAUGGUCUAAGACCUUUAGGUGCCUUUUGGCAAAUUCCAAGCGGGCUGUCGUGUGCCUUUUACUGAGGAGUGGCUUCCGUCUGGCCACCUUACCAUAAAUGCCUGAUUGGUGGAAUGCUGGAUGGUUGUCCUUCUGGUAGGUUCUCCCAUCUCCACAAUCGGGUUCUUGUUCACCUCCCUGACCAAGACCCUUCUUCCACGAUUUCUCAGUUUGGCCGGGCGGCCAGCUCUAGGAAGAGUCUUGGUGGUUCCAAACUUCUUCCAUUUAAGUAUGAUAGAGGCCACUGUGUUCUUGGGGACCUUCAAUGCUGCAGACAUAUUUUGGUAGCCUUCCCCAGAUCUGUGCCUCGACACAAUCUUGUCUCGGAGCUGUAUGGACAAUUCCUUUGACCUCAUGGCUUGGUUUUUGCUCUGACAUGAACCGUCAACGGUGGGACCUUAUAUAGACAGGUGUGUGCCUUUCCAAUUGAUUUUACCACAGGUGGACUCCAAUCAAGUUGCAGAAACAUCUCAAGGAUGAUAAUUGGAAACAGGAUGCACCUGAGCUCAAUUUCAAGUAUCAUAGCAAGGGGUUUGAAUACUUAAGGUAUUAAGGUAUUUCUGUUUUUUAUUUUGAUUAAAUUUGCAAAAAUAUAUUUUUUAACUGUUUUCGCUUUGUCAUUAUGGGGUAUAAUGAGGAGAAAAUGUAUUCGAUACAUUAUAGAAUAAGGCUCUGAAUACUUUCCGAAUACACUGUAUAUAUUCAUAUUUAUAAUAAAUAAUUAUUUAUAAUAACAAUCAGGAUUUUGUGUCCAAUGUGGUAUGCAGAUGGAGAAACCACAUGCUUCAUCAUAUGUGCAUCAUUUUAUAGCCCCUAUGCUGUGUCAGUUACAGUAGGCUACAGGUGAUUAUGCUUAUUGGCUAAUAGCACAUCUAAUAAAAUAGACCAUGUAUAGGCUAUGUGCAUGGUCCAUUAUGUUAAAAUCAUUUUUACCAAUAUGUUAUUUGGCCCAUUUCUAAAGGUGAAAAUUAUAUUUUAGAUGUUGCAGCAUAAUUUUAUUUUUGUACAUUUUGGAGUAAAAUUUUAAAAAGUUACCAGAACUGAGCUUUUCAUUCCUUCUACAUAAAAAUGAUCCCAGGGAGGACUCCGAACCCCCUAAGCAAGGAGACUGGAAUUGGUUAAACUCGCAGUUUACUAAAUGUAUCAAAUUAUCCCCUUUCCAUAAAAGCAUGAAGGUCAUGCCUUUCUUACAUGAAAGGGGAGGUUAGACAAUCGAUCCGAGAUCGACGUAAGUUUCAGUCAUGGAAUUUAUACUUUUUUUUUUACCCCUGGAUAAGCACACGAAAGACGGCAUUAACAAUAAUAAAUCAAAUAAAGACUGCACUUCUAAAAGCCUAUUUCACACCACAGGCUGCUGCAUUUGCUAAAUAACUUUUCUUUCAUUUAGAUUUCCACACAACAACAAAGAAAAUGUGGCGCUGAUUCACAUGGUUGAAUGUUUCAGCAAUGUCUCAGUGAAGAGUUCGGCCUUUGACUAGACAUGUGUGACAUGCACACGCAGUUAAAGCCUGCUAGAGUUAAGCAGCAGGCAGACAAGCAAUAUCCACCAUCGUAGUACAGAUGAAGGCUGAGAUGGAAUGUGGAGCUAACUGAAGCUGGCUAGCUUUAUAAAAGUCUAGCUUGCGUCGUAAUUUACCACUCCGAACUCCGAAUAUUGGCUUGUUUUACUCCAAUGUUUGUAAACAAAGUAAAUGUAAGCAAACACUAUAUAGCCUCCAAACAUGGUUAAAACUAUCAUUUUGAUAUUGUGGAUGGUCAGUCCUUACAUCCAUAAGAACACAUUCCAAACCUGUCUCGACACCCUCGUAAACUCCCAACAGUGUCAUCUUCUUUACUUCCACCACCUGUCAGUCUUUCAAAAAGUGAAUCACUUGGAUAAAACAAGCCUUUGGACUGGAAACAUCUGCUGUGAACUCAGAGACUCAUUUUAUGUGUCACAGUACGUUCUAAAAAUCCAGUACACUCACUAUCAGAAAUAUGUUUUUAUUCAUAUUUUAUCUAAGUUGAUUUUAAUAUUUUUUAUCAGCACCAAAGAAAAACGGAAGUGAACAUUUAAAAAGAAAUGAUAAUCCUUCCAGUAUAGUGAACCUUGGUCUAGGCGAGCUACGUGGUGUGCAGUCAGUGCAUAUAUAAAUAUAAUGAACUCAUUCUAAUUUUAUGGCUGUGCAGCACCAACAAACCCUGAUUCAACCAAUCAUUCGAUCAUCAACAUUCGAGACCUUGAUUAUUUAGGUCAGCAGUAGUUCAAAAGCACACCAUGUACAGUAGCUUUCCAAGAACAGAACAGAGAUGCAUGUUUCCUGUGGACAACAAACAUGUGACUUGACCAGCAUAGACCUCGUUGCUCACCUGCUCUCCGCUAGAGGGCAGCAGAAUGUAUGUAUUCCUUGUCAGGUUUGUCUCAUAAUCAUGGGGAACCAGCCUCAUCGAAGGACUCCAACCUUACACUAUUUAUCCCAUACAGCUGCCAGGCAGGAAUUUCCUCCUCCAUGCAUGACAAUUCGUUACCCCAGUGUACGGCAAAUGAAACAUGAAUGCAUAUGAAUUUGUUUGAGGCAAUUUCCUAUUUGAUAGAUUAAAGGUCCGCUGAUAUUGAAACCUCUAGUCUCUAGGCUAGUUUAAAUUAACUAUUGUAGUGUUUUGUGAUACAAAACAGCAGUCAUGCACUGCAGGUCUAUUUUCUGCCAAAAUGUCUGCUCUUGGACAUGACCCUGAUUGUACGUCAAUGAAUGUGCUUUGGUGCGUGCUUGUAUGUUAUUUUGACGCUUGGCAGUAGCAGUUAGUAGUGUGUGUGCGUGCAUGUGUGUUUGUGCACGCUUAAAUGUGUGUGUGUGUGUGUGUAUGCUCAUAUGUGGGUGAGAGGGGCAUCUCAAAAACAGCUGGUGUUGUCACUUCACUGUGUUUUUAAAUAAAGUCUGUUUCAAGAGAA